GUCCGGAAUCAGUGCCCAUCCGAGGAAGAAUUCCAGAUGCGUUGGUCCCAACGCAAACAAGAACUUUUCUCCGAACUCAAACACUUCGACGAUCCUCAGCCCACCACACACGUCCCUCGGAGUAUAUCCUACGGAAGUCCCAUCGCCACCCGACAUGUCCCUCCCUAGAUCGUAAUAUGAACGCCUCCUCGCAAUCUGCUCCAGCCGAAAGCUUUUGCGGCGACAUCUACACCAAUUUCGCCGAUGCGUCUGCCUCAACAUUUGGUCAGAAUGCUCCCAAAACUGAUCUAUCCUUCGGCCAACCCGAUUUCCACUAUGGAGGAACCUCUCCUACGGAAUCGGCAAGUAGCAUUGACACUCCUACCAGCUCUGCUAUGGAAAGUCAACUGAGUUGUGAAAACAGUUCUGCUGGUACUUCGUACAAUAGUACUCCCUUUGAAAUGCUUCGUGUUGAUUCCAAUGUUUCUGCAUGCUCUAACGUGUGUACUAGAGAGUCUUCUCUAUUUCCUGAGUCCCAUCAUGUAAAGUUUGAGAGCUCAAACUCUAAUUUCAUUACUUCUCCUGUUUUUGUUUCUGCGGUGGAUCAACCACAGUCUUUGUUGUCUUCGUAUGGUGUCCAAGAAGCACCAUACUCUCAAUCAGUCACUCAGUCGGACCUAGUGGAGGAGAUGCAAAGGUCGACAUCGUAUCAGAGCGCUGUCUCUACACAAUCGCGCUGCUCACAACGUAAGCAAGAGGUUCUUGCCUCCGCAGCACGUCCGAUAGCACCUAAAAGUGCUACCGAAACUGCUGCGUCACGUGCUUCAUGUCAGACCAAGAUGGUUCGCAUCAAGUCUCAAGACGGUUCUUCCAAAGACGUUGCUCAGAUCACGAAGGCUCCGUACAUUCGUCCUCAACACCCGAAGACUCUAUGUCCCCACUGCAAUGAAUACCCUGACGGGUUCCGUGGCGAGCAUGAGCUUCGGAGGCACGUUGAUCGUAAGCACGCGACAGUGAAAAAAGUAUGGGUGACUGUCGAUGCUUCAGAAGGCAAGCGCUUCCUCGCCAACUGCAAGCAGUGCCGCAAUAGAAAGCAGUAUGGUGCGUAUUAUAAUGCCGCUGCUCACCUCCGCCGCGCCCAUUUCCACCCACGCAAACGUGGCCGCAAAGGCAAGCAUGAUUCUGAAAAGCGUGGUGGUAAGGGCGGUGGUGACGAUCCGCCGAUGGACUAUCUCAAGCAGCAUUGGAUGAAAGAGAUCGAAGUACAUGUGUCGAAUGACGCCUUAUUUUCGAAUAGCGAUGGAGACGUCGUCGACACCCAAGAAGCUCAGUCCCCGUGCGAUGUGCCGUACAACUUCACUCAUUCCCACAUCGUCGACGAGCAUGGUGUGCCACAAUAUGCGACUGCUCAACUACCAUCAUCUGCCUCGGUUCCUACCACGUCAAUACAGGCGUCGACUGCACUUGUCACCCCAGAAUUGUAUCAGCCCCAAUUCGACCCGUCGUCGUCGCUUAUGGGCGACUAUUCUGCAUAUGAUUACACCACUGCAUAUCAGACCCUAGACUACUCAUCUGCAUUCGACUUCGGCAACGCGCAUUACAACCCGACAUUAUUCGCCAACAACCCGCAAUAGUAUCAUCACUACUGCAGUAACUCCCCCUCCGCCCUCCCCCGCAAAGCUUUCCUUUCACACGUCAAUGUCCGUUUUCACGUUUGUGGAACACGACUGUAAAUGAUGCAGUCGGUCCCUGAACGUGCAAGUGUGAUAUUGUCGUCUCAUUGCAAUGAUAUGUUCGCGUGUAUCGACUCGUCGAUACCG